CCGGAUUUCGGCACUUGCUGAAGAACGAAGGAAAACAUGCGUCGAAUCAGUAUUUCUGAAUACUGAAUCAGACCGGAAAAUUAACUAACUUAUACAAGAAGAGGAAGGUGGGUAGUUUUCAUCGCUUAUUGCUCUCGCUGCCCAGAGCGACAUAUCGAGAAAGAAAAUGUGUUUGCGCUCCAUAUCUGGCCCUCGCAUUCGCGCUUUCAUCCACACUCGCUCAUCCCUUAAUCCCGCAUCAUGCUUCCACAUAUCCCCCCCCCCCCCCACCGCGCGUGACAAAAUCCCCGAACAAACAUUCUUUACUUGGCUGUCUGCAUCCCUGAUUCUUGCGAAGGAGCUCAUAGAGCGCAAUGGACUGUCAGCAGAAAGAACUCUCACGUAUCGACGAGCAGAUCCGCGAACUUCACGCCUUGUCCGUUCAAGAUGGGCUCUGCAAAGCUGAAAUCCUGAAGGCGACCAAAGUGUUUCUUCCCGGUAAAACCACCGUCCGCUGGGAUCGACAAUAUUUGUGGUACAUCGGCAAGGUGGUGCUGGCUGUGGCUGUCCUGUUCGCGGUCUUCAGCAGGGAUGCUGUCAGCCGACGGAUGUGCAUGUACGGCAGGACGCUUCUCAUAUCAUUACUUCCAUACUGGGACUGGACAGCAUACCAUCACUCUCCUUGUCUCAUCGAAAAUCCGCUUUACGUAGAACGCGGACUUUCCCUCUCGGAUUGUCAGGUAUGCGAAGACACUCUACGAAUCGAUCGCGUCAAAGAUGCAAGCCCGGACACCGUGCUGGACAAAUAUUUUGGAAACUACGUUCCUCUUGUCGUCCAGGGACCGCAGUGGGACUGGCCUUCCUUCGAUGCUUCUUUCGUCAUCGAAAAUAUUACUAAGAAAUACGCAGAGGACCCCGUCUUGAAAGAUGCUGCCAUAUGCGGCUAUCAGACGAAUCGAAAGCAUUGGGCGUUCGACACCUUCGUCGAGAAGCAUUCAUCGGAAACUGGAUGGUUUGCACACUGGGAGAACUGUGAUGGCCCGGGGCAGAAGCACGCUCGACAGUUCUACAGGAGGCCUCCAUUUUUACCAUUGGCUGUAGAACUGACACGCCCUAACUGGAUCUUGGUGUCCAAUCUUUACCGAGGACGGAGGUUCAAACAGAUUACUUUCGAAAGCGGCAGCAGCAUUGUACUUCUGGCACAGCUUAAAGGUUCACUAGCCAUCCGCUUGCUUCCACCGCCAAUAUGCGAACAAGUGUGCGAAAACAUGGAGUUUGUCUUAAACUACGGGGAUAUCCUCUUAUUUGCGCCGAGGAUAUGGACGCUCCAGUAUAUGCCCAGGGCAGAGACACAGACCAUUGCCGUGGCAGCAGGUGGCUUUCUUGAGGAGUGAGAUGUGCGACUGUACAAGCAUAUCUGAAGUCGAGGUCACACGGACAGCUAUUUGUUCUCUCUCACGAAGCAAAUCCGACAAGCGCUUUUUACUUGACUUCAGGCCUGCACAUCUUGCAGCUCCCAAGACGCACUACAGUGGAACAGGGUUUCAAGAUGACGGUGAAGUCAAGAACGCGGCGCAUGACUGCGGUGGUGGUGGUGAUGAUGAUGAUGGUGAAAGGGCGCAUGGCUGCACUCACCAUAUAGCACGCUCUGCGCCAACCAUUGCCACGAAUGAUAGGAUUACCACUUCUGACUCGAAGAGAGAGAAAGGUGUACGCCUUUUUUUUGCGGCAAUUUGGUUAUAUGAUAAUUGACACAGAAAGGCGU